UUCCAGGUGUUUGAUUUCAGCACGAAGGCUUUUUUUUUCUCGGAAGACGGGACGCUGCUGUGAGGAACCUUACGUGAAGGACGAUAAGGAGGAAGCAAGCAGGAUGGACUUACACACGUACUUUUGGAUUCUCACCACCACUCUGAUGUUGGUGCAUCAACAUCAAGCCUCUACAUUCGCCGUUACGAGCCCCACGGUGGAGGAGGGCCCCCUGGUGCAGCUCCACCACACAGCCCACCGGAGAGUGAAGCGCUGCUCCUGCGAGAACCAGAAAGACAAGGAGUGUAUUUUCUUCUGCCACAUCGGUAUCGUGUGGGUCAACACGCCGGGCCGUGUGGUUCCGUACGGGUUCGGUUCUGUCCGGCUGAGGAGAGAUCUGAGCCGCUGCCUCUGCACACACACACAGGACCAGGAGUGUGUGAGCUUCUGCACCGUACACACAGAAGGAGAACACGCUGCAUUGAAGACGGACCAACGGAGACACAGAGGUGCAUUCUGGGAAAAAAGGAGCCGACAGCACUGAAGCAUCAGACCUGAGCGACCGAAAUAUCUGUUUGUACAGUGUGUGUGUGUGUGUGUG